CUGACCGACACAACACCUCCAGCCAUGAUCAGACACGUGUCUUUGGUGUGCCUUCUGGCCUCUGCCGCCCUCGCCCUUCCGGGAGGAUACGGAGGUGGACAUGGUGGAAUUAACCUCGGCGGUGGCGGCGGACACGCUGCUGUCUUCUUCGGUGCCGGCGGCCAUGGCGGAGGACACGGUGGCGGAUAUGGUGGCGGCCACGGCGGCGGCUAUGGUGGCGGAUAUGGCUACGCUAGGCCCACCCUUACGCUUUCGACUACGGCGUCUCUGCUGGGUACACAAACUUCGGCCACAGCGAGAAGGGCAACGGCCACGGAGGCGUGAACGGCGGCUACUGGGUAAACCUUCCCGACGGCCGCGUGCAGAGAGUGUCCUACGUAGCUGACUACGGUGGCUUCCGCCCAGUGGUGUCCUACUCUGGCAAGGCCCACUACCCAGUAAGCUACGGAUACGGCCAUGGCGGCGGCUACCACUGAAAACGCAACCCACCGCAAGACGCCAUGGGAGAGAUGGGGUUUUCCAUGUAAAUGACUGCUACAUAAUAAAUGUGAGGAUUAUUUAUUCACUCUCUUUCAUAGGAUAUCUUGCGCGCGGGUUCGAUUCUUUACAAUAACUGUAGAGCAGUGA